AGGAGCCUGAGCAGGAGGGCUGGAGCGCGUCGCACCAGGAAGUGACUGGCCCCUGCGACCCCUGAGCGCGCCAUCCGCUGGUAUUUUAGUUUGCCACUGCAAAUCCGUCCAAGGCCUUAGUGGCUCUGAAGGAGUCCUGGGAAUCAAGAGAAGAAUCCUAAUGCACAACCCAAGAUUAUUCCUUGCCGGGGUGGGUUUCUUCUCCAAAUCAGGACUGCUUCCCUGGGAUAGUGCAAGACCACCAGAUUUGCCACAGUCCUUAUUGGGCAGAGCAUAUAAAGGGAGUUUCACCAACAAGAUAGCUAAGCAGCACCCAAGCAGACAAAAAUAUCAGAAGAAACAAUGGCAUGGUAGACCACGAGAUGACUCCUGGCAGGAGAGGCUGGCUGAUGUUGUGACUCCACUCUGGAGGCUGAGUUAUGAAGAACAACUCAAGAUGAAAUUUGAAGCUCAGAAGAAAAUUUUACAAAGCCUAGAGUCUUACCUACACAUGCUCCGUGGAGUCAGUGGCACGGUGGCUGCACCCCAAUCUGAGGGGCUCCACUGUCUCCUCCAUCCCAUUAUACCCUCCCCUACCACUACUGGCUACCGGAACAAGUCCACCUUUGCUGUGAACCGGGGCCCAGAUGGCAAUCCAAAGACCGUGGGCUACUACCUAGGAUCUUGGAGAGAUGGAAAUGUCGUCUGUGUACCAUGUAAUCAUCUGAAAAACAUCCCAGAGAAACACAGUCAAGUGGCUCAGUACUAUGAAGUAUUCCUUCGACAGUCUUCAGUGGAACCCUGCCUUCUCUUUCAUGAAGGUGGACAUUGGCGUGAACUCAUAGUUCGUACCAAUAGGCAAGGACACACAAUGGCUAUUGUCACUUUUCAUCCCCAGGGAUUAAGUCAGGAGGAGCUCUGUGUUCAGAAGGUGACCUUGAAGGAUUUUUUCACUAAAGGCCCUGGAACAGUCUGUGGAUUGACCUCCCUCUAUUUCCAGGAAAGCACCAUGACCCGUUGCAGGCAUCAGCAAGCCCCCUACCAGCUCCUGUUUGGGGAGCCCCACAUCUUUGAAGAUCUUCUGGGUUUGAAGAUUCGAAUCUCUCCAGAUGCCUUCUUCCAGAUUAAUACUGCUGGGGCAGAGAUGCUGUAUCGGACCAUCGGGGAGCUGAGCAGAGUGAACCCUGAGAGCACCCUCUUAGACAUUUGCUGUGGAACAGGUGUGAUUGGCCUCUCUCUUGCUCAGCGUGCCUCCCAGGUUCAUGGCAUUGAGCUGGUGGAGCAGGCAGUAGAGGAUGCCAGGUGGACUGCAGCCUUCAAUGGUGUCACCAACUGUGAGUUUCAUGCUGGCAGAGCAGAGACGAUUUUGCCACAGCUGUUAAAGUCACCAAAAGAUGAGAAGUUGACAGUUGCUGUGGCCAACCCUGCCCGUGCUGGACUGCAUUACAGAGUGGUGCAAGCCAUUCGGAACUGCAGGGCCAUCCGCACUCUAGUGUUUGUUUCCUGCAAGCCCCAGGGGGAAAGCAUGAGGAACUUCAUUGAACUGUGCUGUCCUCCAAACUCUGCUAAGAAGCUUCUAGGUGACCCUUUUGUCCUGAGAGAAGCUGUACCUGUGGAUUUAUUUCCCCACACCCCACACUGUGAGCUGGUACUCCUCUUCACUCGGUAAGAUCAAGAAGCCGCAGGCUAAUAAGGCUGAAGUUUCGGAAAAACACCCAGGUUGCCAUGGGAGACCGUGGAAGCAUCACCAGAAAGACCAAUUUUGAAUCCUGGCAAAAAGAAUUUGGCUAGCCUCCUUCUCUGAAGCAGAUUGAACUGUAGCUUGCCCUAUUCCUUUGGGGCUAUCCGUAUUUCCCUAGCUUUGAUUGCUCUUAACUCCUUGAACCUGAAUUUGUGUUGCUCCAUCCUUUUGUUGUCUAUACAUCAUUCAAUAUACAGCUUUGUCCCUACCAUGGGAUUCUGUUGUGGGGACAACUGCUUUUUGAGCAGCCAGCAAUAAUUUAAUAUUGACCACAAUCUGUAUAUUUACUCUGAGAUUUUAUAAUUUGCAUUUUUUGGUUUCGUUUUGUUGUUGUUGUUUUGUUUUGUUUUGUUUUGUUUUCAAAACAGGGUCUCACAUAGUGCACACUGGCCUUGUACUCACAAUGCAACUGAGGUCGACUUCGAACUUGUAAUCCUGCUUACACUUUGUGAGUACUGGGAUCACAGGAAUGUGCCACCACACAUGGCUUUAUACAGUGAUGGGUAUCAAAGCCAGGGAAGAACACAUGUGAGGGAAAACUGUUUACUAAAUGAGCUACAGCACUAGCCCCUUCCAAAUGUUCUUAGGAAGUAGAACCAAAUUGAGCUUUUUACGAUGCAGAGUAAGAAGCUAGGGAGAUGGCUAAUUGGGUAAAGUGCUUAUUGCACAUAUAUGAGAAGCUGAGAUUGGAUCUCCAGCACAUAAUACCAGGGCAUAGUGGUACCUGCCUUGUGCUGAGAAAUGUAUACAGGGGGAUCCUGAGGGUUUUCCUAGACAGUCAAUGUAGCUAAUAGGGGUUCAAUGUGAGACCCCCAUCUCAAAAAAAUGUUGAAAAAUGAUAGACACCUGAAAUCAGUGUCUGUCCUCCACAAGUAUAAUCACACACAUAUGCUACACACAAAAAGUUAUAUAAUUAUUACAGGGUUGUUGGGCUUUCUAGACUUUGACAUUUCUAGAAUGCCUUUUCAUGAUAUGGUUAUCUCUGGGGCUGGAGAGAUGGCUCAGCACUCGCAAGCAUGUAAUACUCUUGAGAGGACCUGAGUUUGAUUUCUGGCAUCCAUGUCAAGUUUCUCAUAACUGCCUAUAACUCUAUUUCCAGGGGAUCUGAUACCCUCUUCUGACCUCCAUGGAUGUGGUACUUAUAUGCACAAACAGACAGACAUUCACACACUUGCAAAUACACAUAAUUUAAAAAUAAUUUUACAAAAACUUAAAGAGAGGCAGGGCGGUGGUGGUACACGCCUGUAAUCCCAGCACUUGGGAGGCAGAGGCAGGCGGAUUUCUGAGUUCGAGGCCAGCCUGGUCUACAGAGUGAGUUCCAGGACAGCCAGGACUACACAGUGAAACCCUGACUCAAACAAACAAACAAACAAACAAACAAACAAACAAAACACUUAAAGAGAAAAAUGUGGUUAUCCUAGGAACAAUAAUGUCAUUCCUCUCUUACUGUAGAAGGAGAGUUAGUCAUUAGAGGGACCCAAAAGGAUUAAGCAACCCCGAAAGGAGGGGCUGGAGACUUACAUUGUCCUGGUCCUGUGUAUUAUGGAGGAAGGAAGCACCAGCAAUCCUAUAGUAAUCCAGUCUGUAUUAUAAUAAAGUAGAUGUUGAAAUUAACUAUA